AUGGCGAUAUUUUGCUUGAGAAUAUGUCAGCCCUCACAUUUAAGGUUUUUUCUCAAGGGGGCCAUGUCCAGCACAGCCGAUCAAUUGCGUGCUAGAUUCAGUUCCGAGCAUGUAAAGGCUGUGACAAAAGGACCAACGUUGAAAGCUUAUCUGCUUCCAAGCACCGAUGCACAUCAGAGUGAAUACUUGGCUGAUCACGACUUUCGCGUGAAGUUUCUAACGGGUUUCACCGGUUCUAAUGCCUACGUAGCUGUCACGAAUGAGAAGGCGGUCUUGUGGACUGAUGGACGUUAUUUUAUCCAGGCCAACGAAGAAUUGGUGCCACCUUUCACUCUCCUCAAACAGGGUUUACCUGACUCCAUUUCACCAGAAGAUUUCGUAGCGGAGAAUGUUGAUGCUGGAGACUGGGUCGGAAUUGAUCCGGCGCUUCACACAAUUGAAGGAGGUCAGAGGUUAGUGAGGACGUUGGAGGGCAUGGGUCUUCAUGUCGCACCUGUUAGGCAAAAUUUGAUAGAUGACUUUUGGCAAAAUCGACCAUCUCUUCAAUCGAAAGGAGCAAUCAUCAUGCCUGCUGAAGAGCAUGGUCGUGAAACCGAAGAUAAACUGAAGGAUUUACGCGAAAGAAUUGCAAAAAAGAAGUGCAGUUCAAUAAUCCUUGCAGCAUUAGACGAUAUUAUGUGGUUGCUCAACAUUCGCGGGUUUGAUAUCAAGCACAAUCCUUUAGCCUACUCAUACCUACUUGUAACUCCGGAAGAUGUCCAUCUAUUUAUGGACAAAGCUGAUGAGAAGACGCAAGCUUAUCUCAAGGAAAAACGGGUUACCUUACAUCCAUAUGAUGAUGCAUAUACUUUUAUCUCAAAAUGGAAUGAUGAACAAAAGGCGAAAAACAAAGCAAAACAUAGGGUUUUCGUGCCUACUUCUACAAACUACCUCUUUGGAAGCAUUUUUGAUCACGUCUCUGUCAUUGACGCCAGUCCAGUCCAAGUGAUGAAAGGCGUGAAAAAUCCAGUAGAGCUGAAUGGCAUGCGACACAGCCAUAUUCGUGAUAGUGCAGGACUAGUUAGCUUUUUGAUGCAACUAGAAGAAGAUCUGCUUGCUGGACAUACGAUGAGCGAAAUCGAGGCAGCUGCAAAGGUUGACCAUUUGAGGUCUACAUUAGAUAAGUAUAUGGAUUUGAGCUUUUCGACGAUAUCUGCAGCCGGUGAUCAUGCAGCCAAACCUCACUACCACAGUGCGGGCGAAGAAGGCAAACGGCUGGUGACAGCUGAUCAGGUCUACUUACUAGACUCUGGUGCCCAUUAUAGGGACGGUACUACUGACGUAACCCGCACGGUGUGGAUUAGUAAAGACAAACCCAUCCCCAAAGAAUUUAUCCAUGACAAUACAAUUGUUCUCAAAGGCCACAUAAAUCUGGCUACCACCACUUUUCCACAGGGAGUUUCAGGUGUUCGUCUGGAUACUUUGGCACGAAGUCCAUUUUGGCGAGAGGGACUCGAUUUUGGACAUGGAACUGGCCAUGGUGUUGGACAUUUUUUGAAUGUGCAUGAAGGUCCGGCUACAAUCGGUUACCGACAAGCUGCAGGUGGAAGUCAAUCAUGGGUCAGGGAAGGAAUGGUAUUAACUAUUGAACCUGGUUACUAUGUUGAAGGAAAAUGGGGCAUACGAAUAGAAAAUUGUUAUGAGGUUGUGAAGGCGACUGUGCCAUCUGGAGCAGAUUUUCUUGGUUUCAAAACAUUAACUCUGGUACCGAUACAAACUAGUCUCAUUGAUAAGACGAUGCUCACUGCCAAAGAGAUUGAAUGGCUCAAUGCAUACCAUGACACAGUAUUGGCAACAACGGGUGAUUUUCUACAGAAAGCCAAUAAAACAAAAGAAGUGGAAUGGUUGAAGAAACAGUGCGCUCAUAUUUGAACUAGGCAAAUCUUCUUAUGAUUUAAUAUGCUGUGAUUUUUUGAAUGUGAUCUAUACUUACACUGCAUUCGUUAAAGCAUUUUCAAUAGAUUGUGC